UUCGAAGGAAACUUUCUACCAAGUCGGACCAUCCGUCUGGGAGAGUCACUGUUACGCAUCUUUUCCGUUAAACUUACUUCGCAAAGAUAUAUCCACGACACCACCUACUCAUACUUGUCGCUCAAAUCAUAUUCCAGCAUUAUGACAUCAAAUUUGACUAGUAGUUCGACAAUGUCAUUGCUUGAAGCUUCUCAGCAGGAUGUGUCGCAAAAGAAAUUAGUGGAAGAACGGACCUUGACGCAAACACUGUUAACCCAAACGACACUAAACUCGCAGCCUAAGUACGAGUGGAAGAUCAUUUGGAAAAACGUGAUAGCUCUUGCUUACCUUCAUAUCGUUGCACUUUAUACAUGGUAUCUUGUACUAACAAUGGAGAUCCAAAUUCGCACGUUUAUUUAUUAUUAUGCAGUGGGUUAUUUGUCGGGUAUAGGUAUUACAGCAGGUGUCCACAGAUUGUGGUGUCAUCGAUCUUAUAAAGCGAAAUGGCCGAUGAGAGUUAUUCUUAUGGUUUUACAGACCAUAGCUUUCCAAAAACACAUUUACGACUGGGUGAGAGAGCACCGAGUGCACCAUAAAUUCACGGACACGGAUGCGGAUCCGCAUAAUUCGAAAAGAGGCUUCUUCUUCUCACACGUAGGCUGGCUGAUGGUCCGCAAGCAUCCGGACGUUAUUAGUAAGGGAGCCACGAUCGACAUGAGCGAUCUCGAGAAAGAUCCUAUCGUCGUCUUCCAACGUAGGUACUACGCUGUUCUGAUGCCUCUUUUAUGCUUCGUGCUUCCCAUGUUGGUACCAAUCUACUUCUGGAACGAGAAACCCAUUUACGCGUGGUACGGUGCCGUUUGCAAAUACGUAACAGUGUUGAACGGAACUUGGUUGGUAAAUUCCGCGGCCCAUAUGUGGGGUACGAAACCGUACGACACCUCCAUUAGCGCUACCGACUACAGCUUCUUCGGCUUCAGUGCUUUCGGUGAGAUGUCGCACAAUUAUCAUCAUGUGUUUCCAUGGGAUUACAAGGCCGCCGAAUUAGGAUUCAAUAGCAGAAACAUUACCUGCGGUUUCAUCGACUUUUUCGCCUGGCUCGGCUGGGCGUACGAUCUGAAGACCGCGAGACACGACUUAGUAAAGAAACGCGCAGCCCGAACAGGCGACGGUUCGAUAUAUGAGCGCACGGGUGAUUAUAAUGAUGAACUUCACACGCAAGAGAAAAUGACAUGGGGAUGGAAUGACGCCGAUAUGUCAUUCGAGGAUAAGCAAGCAGCGGAGAUUCUCAAUAAGGAGCCCCGAAAUUAAAGGAACCCCGAGAUUCCUCAAAAGUUUUGACGUAUUAUUACAGUUGGAGUUACGUAAAACGUAUCGUCCGACAGACGUUUGGGUUUACAAUGGUAUGGUAAUUUUAUACAUGGGAUUAUUAAUGGUAAAAGGUUCAUACAUAGUAUCAUGUAAGGUAUUGUAACAUCUGUUAUAGAUGUUUAGUAAUUAUGAUUGUGGUGUUUGCGCAUGUCUCUGGCAAGUGACAGCUCGGCCACCACACUAGCAGCUCAGCCAUUUGGUAAAAAAUGGAGGAAAUGCUACCAUGUGUAUUUCACAGGAAUAAAUAACAGAUAUAAUAUCCGUA